AUGGUGAUGAUUUCUGCUCGCGGCCCUGAGCCGGGCUCGCCGUCGUCGGCCACCUCGCACUCGCCCUCAACGGCCUCAGAGUCGUCCGAGGUGUACAGGCCAACACACCCCAUCGAGCAUCUGCAGGGCCCCUUUGAAGAGUCCAUCCUCGAGUCCAUCAACGGCUUCAACCAGGAAGUGCUCUCGCCGCCAGACGCGGUCACCCGGCGCAAGCAGCUGCUGCAGAACGCAAAGUACCAGCGGUCAUGCUCCGGCAAGUGGCAGCAGCGCAUGGGCGAGCGGUAUCAUCCGCUGUGGAAGAUCAUGGCCCAGGUCUCGUUUGGCAUCCACUUGCUGGCUACGGGCUCGGCCAGGUCGGAGCUCGAGUCGGUCCAGAUACUGCGUGUUCAUGUCGCCGAGAUCGAUGGCUUCGUGAGGCGGACGAUGGAGGACUAUCAGCUCGCUCACGAGGACCUGACGGCUCGAUUCGACCUGCUGGCCGUGCCUCUCGCCAACCUGGACGUGCUCGACUCCAUGCUCGGCGACGAGACCUUCAAGCUCUUUCUUGUUGACUGUAUCGGCAAGAUAAACCAUGUUGUCAGACGCUCCGAGAUCUCGCUGCAGGACUCCCUCAAGGACCUCAGAAAGGCCGUCAUCGCCGUCAGGACCGUCAAGGACUAUCUCAAUAUCCUGCCCCAACACCAGAGCACCUGGUCUCCUUCUUUUGGCGGUGUCUACGCUGAUAUGUUUCAGAGGGUUGGCCUGUGGCUCACCAGUCUCACCAAUCUACAGUCGCAGGGGAUCCGGCUGGUUGAGUUCCUCGUCAACCUCUCUACUUCCAUCUCGAGGCUACGGCUGAGAAUUGGCCUCAAUCACGCAGGCAGUACACGUUCGGUUACCCUCUCCCCUGAUAUAUUUACGCCGCCACGCGCGGCAGUGUCAAUGGAUAAUCUACAUCAACAUCAACAUCAACAUCCCCCUAAUAGAGCAUCCUACAUCGACAAGCCGUUGCCAGAUAUACGGCACAGGGAUCGCUCAUUUUCAUCCCUGAAGAGGUUUGGCGCAAAGCUCCAACAUCGAUUCUCCUCCGUCAGCCACCAAUUAUCACCCACUCCUUCAAGAAGCAAUCUUUCCAUAGCAGAGACCGUCAGAGACUCUCCGGGUCGGUCACCCGCAUCACCCUCAAUAAGCAUACAGACAGCCACCCCGGACAUACCCGAUAUCCCCGAACUAGCAGGGUCGCCUCCCUCAACGCGACCAAACCUUCCCGAACUCGCAGGGUCCCCUAUACCGUCUCCCACCAUUGCUGAAUUAGCAGGGACUCCUCUAACGCAAUCCCAGCUCUUUAAAUCAGUAGAGCUGGGUGCAUCAUUAAAUGAAAUACCCCGGGACAGCAUGGAAUCAAGCGCCCGUACUUUUGUCUAUGAAAACGUCGUUUCUCUACCAGAAUUCGAAAGGGGCGCGCCAUUAUCCUACAUUGAGAAACAUUUCCCCGAACUCGCCCUCACAGACAUCCCCAUACACCAAUGGCCCAAGGAAUCAUUUAAACCUAUCAAACGGCCCCUCACUCCCGCCCAGCUACCUCGUCGAGCAACAACUUCGAAACUCAAACCUUUCCUCCGCGGGCUCUUCUCUAAAUCGUCUUGCGUACAGCCCACUGAAUCGAUCUCCGGCGACAACAGCUCAGAUGAAUCACAGCCCAUAGACACGUCAUUCAAGGAACUGAAAAAGGCCCCGCCCAAUACUAUAUCCAUACGAACUCUAACAAACAGCGAGCCACGGCUGCCACUCCCUGCUCCCUCCCUUUAUAAUCGAGAUACAAUCGGCGGCGCCACCCGGCCGUCGUCUAUAUACUCUAACGCUUCCUUCUUCGGUAAUAACGACUAA